CCACUUAACUUCCCGUGUAGAAUUUUUUUCGAUCCUCACAAAAGUCAACCACCUAUUAUACCUAUCUAUUUCCCGUCGCCGCCGUCGAAUUAACCCCAUCGUUUAUAACUUUUACUCGCUUGCUGUAUUAUUCCCCGCCAAAACGGCCCACCCGAAUUUCGUCCUGUUCAGCUAUUCAGCUAGCAACAAAGAAAGCCCUCACUACUACUAGUACCCACUGCUCGGUGAUGAUAGUAAAACCGAAUCGUUAGACGUCCUUUUUCUUUCCUUUUUUAAAACUCAAGAUUUCACCAUGGCCGGCGUUCAUGACGAUUCGGAUUCGGUGCCAGCUACACCUGACGAGCUGAGCGAUAAGGAACUUCUAGGCAGCCCCGCGUCUCCCGGUUCCGUCGACUCCUCCUCAGAAGCCAGCACACCGCUCGAGACACCCAGCGAACCAAACGCCGAACCGCCAAAGAGAAUGCCGUCCUUACGCUCCGUGUCCGAUCCUCAGAACCCGGGACAUCCAAUGUCCGCCUCGUCUACCCAUCUAGGUGUUUUAUCCAAUGCGAGACGCCCCGCCGCAGCUGGCGCGCACAUGUCGAGCGGCCGCCUGCCGGAGGAUAUCAAUGCCAAGAUGCGGGCUUUUCACUUAUCACGACAGGGUAGCUCGCCUUUGACUUCUCAACAAGGUACCCCGCCAUCUGUCCCUUCCCCAGCUGGUCCUGUCAUUGGUGGUUUACCUCGGAAUCUCCAAAUGCCUGGAGGCCCUCAAAGGCCCGGCGCCCCGUCGUUUCCCAAAUCGGCUCCUACUGUGCCUUCGAUGGCACCGGGAGGUGGGGGUUUAGCAGGAAAAAGGCGGUUUGGACUCAAACUUGGGGACAUGGGCGGAGGAGCCCCACCUCCCUCUCCUGGGUCUGGUGGUCCCGGCGGUGUUCCCCAAGUGAUGCCCACACAAAACGGUGGUGCUCAUUUGUCGCAGAUGAAGCAAUUCGAAGAAUACAUCGACUCCGAAAAGGGCUAUUUGACUUUCAAAGGCAAAGCGAUUAUUACCAACAAGGGAGUCGACUUUUCAGAUGGGUCGGUCUUCAGAAUAUCACUCGACGAAGUUGAAAAACUAGACGAGUUGGGGAAAGGAAACUACGGUACUGUCUAUAAGGUGAGACAUACUAAGCCACGAGUACCGCGCUUCGGCCCGGGCCUCGCUGGAUUUAAGUCUGCCUCUUUACCAGGUCUACCGACUGGCGCACAAGAUAAGACAGAUGGUGAAACCAAGACUGGGUCUAGUGGGAUGGUUAUGGCUAUGAAGGAGAUACGCCUAGAGUUGGAUGAGGCAAAAUUGACGACUAUUUUGAAGGAAUUGGUAAUUUUGCACGAAUGCGCAUCCCCUUAUAUCAUUGAGUUCUACGGGGCUUUCUUCCAGGAGAGCGCUGUGUAUAUGUGUCUCGAAUAUAUGGAUGGUGGUUCUAUCGACAAACUCUACUUGGGCGGCAUCCCAGAGAAUGUGCUUCGAAAGAUCACGUACUGCACUGUGAUGGGCCUGAAAGAGUUGAAGGAUAAGCACAACAUCAUUCAUCGCGAUGUGAAACCUACAAACAUACUCAUAAAUACUCGAGGACAGGUCAAAAUCUGCGACUUCGGUGUGAGUGGUAAUCUGGUCGCAAGUAUCGCCAAGACCAACAUUGGAUGCCAAAGUUAUAUGGCCCCGGAGCGAAUCUCUGGCGGAGCCUACAUGCAGGCUGGUGCUGGAGACGGCACGUAUAGUGUACAAAGUGAUAUAUGGAGCUUAGGUCUGACGAUUAUCGAAUGCGGCAUGGGGAAGUACCCCUAUCCCCCGGAAGUGUCUUCCACUAUAUUUAGUCAACUUAGCGCUAUUGUUGAAGGAGACCCGCCUGACUUACCAGAUCGAUAUUCUGAAGCAGCACGGACGUUCGUACACGGAUGUCUUAAUAAAGUACCAAAACUGAGGCCCACGUAUCAAGCGCUGUUAGCAUCGGAGUGGCUUAAAGACCUGACGAAGCCAGAGACCAUCACUGAAGAGGACGAAGAGGCAGACGAAAACGACGCCAGCGACGAGGCACUCGCCGGCGCGGCUGGGAAGUUAGACCUCAGUCAUUCAAGCACGGAAGAUGAAGAAGUUGCCAAAUGGGUUAAUGAAGUACUAGAGAAAAAGCAGAAUGAGCAAUACGGUGAAACGGAAGGGCAACCCGCACUUCAUCACGCCCCUCUGGAUGCUGUGAGCCCAUUGGCUAGUCCACAGAUCGGUUAAUGGUAGCGACAAAGAACCCCACGACGGAAUUAAUUAGAUCGGGACGGGAAAAGUACAAGGUAACUAAGGACAAUUCUGCGGCACAGUGGAGCAGGUUCUCCGCGAUCCUCUUUUACACGAUUACUUCGAGAACAUAGCAUUAUUCCGGCGUACACAUUUUUCUUUCGAUACAUAGCAGGCCGGGCGGGGCGGCAGCAUUCGUCUC